GUGACAUUGUUUACCUCUGAUCCCGGGAGUCUGCCGGGCUGUGAGGAGUAAAGAUGGCGAGAAAUGAAGAGAAGCAGCAGGGAAGGCUGAACAGACUGUGGCUCCAGAAGGAAAGAGAAGAGGGACGCCUCAGAGACGCCCAUGAGCAGAGACCUCGGCUGUCCGCUCUGACGUCGGCCUCCUCCGUGAAGAAAUGGAUCCCCAGCAUCAAGUCAGAGAUUGAGUAUUACCUUCAGCAGUCCCAGCUCACUCAUUACCCUGAGAGGAAGAUCGCCGAGUUUCAGCUUCACAUCGAGUCUUUAGAGAGAGAAUACAAGAGCUUCAUCACCAAACUACGAAUCCUCGACCCCAACUGCAAACACACGCCAUGGACGCCACGAGCAUACUGCAAACGUAGAGCAGACCCUCCAGACACACCCCGAGCAUUGAAAUCUCCUCGUCUCUGUGGGUCUGACGGCGUCCACGCUGACAGACAGUCUGAGGAGGAAUCGGGCGGUAACAGACCUUCAGACUCUGCCAGAGCCUUGAUGGUCUACUCUGAGCCGAGUUUAGAGACUAUCUGUAAGGUUCAGGACCAGGACCAGCCUUUGACCUUUGACCCUGUGAGGCUGUCUGUGUGUGCUGCAGCGUUCAGAGGAUCUCGCUCUCAGCCCGCCUCUAGUCACACUCAUAACCUGGCCCAGAUCCUGCAGUCCAGACUCCCUAACCUCAGUAACUCCUCUUCAUCUUCAUCAUGGAGGAGCAGAGACUCUGAGAAGGAAGGAGGGUCAGAGAAGAGGGGUCAUGUGGAGGAACAGGACCAUACGGCACAGAGGAAUUCUGGGAAAUCCUCUGUCAGUGAGAGCAUAGAGAGGACUGUUAACAUCCUGGGACUGGACUGUUACUCUUCAUCCUCUGAGGAGGAGGAGGAGGAGGAGGGCAAGUGACACCUUUGACUCUGGUAGGUUCAUGUUUUAAAGGUCGUUUUUGUUCAUUUCAGGGUGUAGGGUUGAAUGCUGCUGGGUAAAAAUAAAAAUGAAAAAACAAGACU